GAGGAAGGUAGGAGGGAAGUGGAACCUGAGUUGAGUUGGGGGGAAGGGAGGAGAGGAGGAGCAUCAUAUUCCUCUGAGAAGAACAAGAACAAGAAUCAACCUUUCUUUUUGCAUGUCUGACGUUGAUUGAUUUGCCAUCUUGUUCCAUUGCUCCUCCUGUUUUCUGCUUCUAUUCCCCAGUUUUUUCCUCUUAAAAGCAGAGUGCUGAGCUGAGUAAAAUCUCGCCGUGUUGCUGCUCAAGAUCUGACCUUGCAGAAGGAGCUGAGCAGCUCAUUGCAUAAAUCUCUCAGGUAUGCUGCGCACACACACACACACUCUUUCUCUAUUUCUGCUUCAAUUUGUAGCUCAAAGCACCCGAUUUUGGAAGUCAGUUCGUGAUCUUCACGAGGGACAAAGCAAAACAGGGGACCAGAUCUUGUUCUCAAGAUAGUGGAAAAUAUAAGAUAACUGUGCUACCUCGCUCUGUUGGGAAAAAUGAAUGCCUUGGUGGCGACGAACAGAAACUUCAGGCUAGCAGCACGGCUUUUGGGGCUCGACUCAAAGCUCGAGAGGAGCCUUCUCAUACCCUUCAGGGAAAUCAAGGUCGAGUGUACAAUCCCCAAGGAUGAUGGGACUUUGGCAUCGUUUGUUGGGUUCAGGGUUCAGCAUGACAAUGCCCGAGGCCCCAUGAAGGGAGGAAUUAGAUACCACCCUGAGGUCGACCCAGAUGAGGUCAAUGCCCUAGCGCAGCUGAUGACGUGGAAGACUGCGGUGGCCAAUAUCCCGUACGGUGGAGCAAAGGGAGGGAUAGGAUGCAAUCCCAGCGAUCUCAGCAUCUCGGAGCUUGAGAGGCUCACGAGGGUCUUCACUCAGAAGAUACACGACCUGAUUGGGGUCCACACCGAUGUUCCCGCUCCCGAUAUGGGAACUGGUCCACAGACAAUGGCAUGGAUUCUCGACGAGUACUCGAAGUUCCAUGGCUACUCGCCUGCAGUAGUGACUGGAAAACCCAUUGAUCUCGGUGGGUCUCUGGGAAGAGAUGCAGCCACCGGAAGAGGAGUCCUCUUUGCUACUGAGGCCCUGCUCAACGAACACGGGAAGACUGUCUCGGGGCAACGGUUUGUUAUUCAGGGAUUCGGUAAUGUGGGUUCCUGGGCAGCCCAACUCAUAAGCGAGAAUGGAGGUAAAGUCGUUGCCGUCAGUGAUAUCUCUGGAGCCAUAAAGAACAGCAAAGGAAUUGAUAUCCCGGCCUUACUCAAGCACGUUAAGGAGACACGGGGCGUCAAAGGUUUCCAUGGAGCGGACUCGAUAGAUCCGAAAUCGAUACUUGUCAAGGAUUGUGACGUUCUCAUACCAGCAGCCCUUGGAGGGGUAAUAAAUAGGGAAAAUGCAAAUGAGAUCAAGGCGAAGUUUAUUAUUGAAGCAGCUAACCACCCGACUGACCCAGAAGCCGAUGAGAUUCUUUCUAAGAAAGGUGUAGUCAUCCUGCCUGAUAUAUAUGCUAACUCGGGUGGAGUCACUGUUAGCUACUUCGAGUGGGUGCAGAACAUUCAAGGUUUCAUGUGGGAUGAGGAGAAGGUGAACAACGAGCUGAGGACUUACAUGACCUACGGGUUCAAAGCUAUGAAAGAGAUGUGCAAGGCCCACAACUGUGAUCUCCGAAUGGGAGCAUUCACUCUCGGAGUUAACCGUGUGGCUCGGGCCACGGUCCUCAGAGGGUGGGAGGCCUAACAGUUUCUUUCUAACCAAAUCUACCAAUCCCUCAAUAAAUAUGGAGGCUUUGCUUAGAGAUAUUGAGCCCCUUUACAUAAUAAUUCUAGUUCAAAACAUCGAGUUUUUGGAAACUCGAUGGCAGUGUACUCGUUUUUGGCUGCUGUUUUCCUUUCUGCAUAUGAGUUUAAAUUGAGGUCGGGUUUUAUGUGCUCUCUUACUAUCAAAGAGAAUGAAAUAAUACAGGGAAAACAUGUUUGAAGUUCACCUCGAA